CAACCCUAUUUAGUUCCAUCACCACCGUGGAACCAAAAAAACAACAAAAAAUAACCAACAACAACAUCGCGAAUAAAUUUGGCGACUGGAACUUGGAAUAAAUAUUUCCGCGGAAGAGCGGACGCGGAAGUAACAAGGCUAAGUAACCUCCAGCAUCCAAACGCCACCCAUGGCCGCUGUGCCCGAGAACGCGGCCGAGAUCGCGGUGGCCAACGCAAUCAAUAACAUCAAUAAUGGUAACGGGAACGGGAACGGGCGCAACCGCGUCUUAGGACUGGGGGGAGGUGGCCAGAACAACAUGAUGAACAUGCGGGAUCGGCUUUUCCACGCGAUUUACUUUCGGGCGGCGGCCACCUAUGCGGAGCUUGUGCCACGGAAGGUGCAGUUGACCAUCGAAUACCUAUUGCUGGCCAAGGCUGUGAUUUUCUUCUUCACGCUGAUCUAUGUGCACAAUGCUUUUAUAAAGAAUCCUUGCACUUGUCUGCAAGAAGUUCAAAACUGGCCCCGAGAGGGCGUCAUUAGGGUGGAGAUAAUCCCCCAUCUGACUGAGAAGCGGGCCAUAUGGCAAAGCAUCAAGCGGGAUAAGCACAUAGUGCGAUCUCUUAAGGAUUCCUAUUACUAUGGAAUUGGACCCCAGACCCUGGAGAAUCAUGACAGACUGAAACGCUACGAGUCUAUAUUGGGCAGGCUGGGCUUGCCUGUUCGUGCCACUUUUGCCUACAGCAACGAAUCCCUUUAUUACUACUUCGAUGCGAUCAACAUCCUUGAUACCUAUGAGCAUCCCAAUGCCAUACAGCUGAAAGACGAAGAAGACGAUGACGAGCAGUAUAUCGUGGAGUAUUCAUUGGAGUACGGUCAUUUGCGACUUUCGGGUGCCACACGUAAGCGCCUGAAGAUACCCGUUCUUACUGUGCAGCUGGAUCCAAAUACGAACAAGUGCUUUGGAGACAAGCUAACACGCUACCUGUUGAAACGUCUCUUGGGCUAUGACGACCUACUGAUGGCUUCGGUGAGAACCAUAGCAGAGCAGGAAGAGAACAAAGGCUACUUGCGCAAUGUGAUUACCGGAGAACACUACAGGUUCGUCUCCAUGUGGUGGGCGGCCUGGAGCAGCUAUCCAGCAGCCUUCUGUGUGAUGCUUUUAUUUACAUUUUCUGUGUCGAUGCUGCUACGUUACUCCCAUCACCAGAUCUUUGUCUUUAUAGUCGACUUGCUGCAAAUGCUGGAGUAUAAUGUGUCUGCCCGAUUCCCAAUCGCUCCUUUGUUGACUGUUAUUCUGGCGCUCGUAGGAAUGGAAGCCAUCAUGUCAGAGUUCUUCAACGACACCACCACGGCCUUCUACAUCAUUCUAAUUGUGUGGAUUGCGGAUCAAUACGAUGCCAUCUGUUGCCACACCAGCAUCACCAAGCGACAUUGGCUCAGAUUCUUCUAUCUGUACCACUUUGCCUUCUAUGCGUAUCACUACCGCUUCAGUGGCCAGUACAGGACCCUGGCGCUGCUAUCCUCCUACCUCUUCACCCAGCACUCGAUGGUGUUCUUCUUCCAUCGCUACGAAUUGCCAGCCAUCAUGGCCCAGCACCAGGUCUUCAUCAUUACGCGCAACCAGGGGGCGGGGGAAGGAGCAGCAGCCGCAGCAGCAGCAGCAGCAGCGGGGGCUAGAGGUGAAGCAGGAGCUGGGGCCCAAGCAGCCGGGCAGCCAGAUGCAGCUGGAGCAGCGGCCGGAGGGGAAGCACCGGGACAGCAGGCGUCCAUGCAACGUGCCCGCCUCAUCGUGACGCGACUCUUCAGUCAAUUGGCUGCGCAGCGGCAGCAGCAGCAACAGCAGCAGCCAGCGCCCCAAAGACAGCCCGAGCCAGGAGCUAGUCCAGGUCCCACGCCGGCUGUGGGCAUGGCCUUGGCGAAUCUGAGGCGCCUGCCCGUGGUGGGGCAGUGGCUGCAGGGCCGCGAGCAGUUCGCCACCGUGCGUCGGGUCUUCCUCGGGCAGGGGGAGGGGGGCAACGGACGCCUGAUGCAGGUCCGCUUGCAGCGCAUCAAUGUGGCCGAUAUACCCGAGUUGCGCAACCAGGUGGCAGCAGCCAUGGCCGCGGUGGGAGCCGCCCAAAGGGCAGCCGGAGGCGGAGCAGCAUCGGAUAGCCGGGCUGAUGAACUCGGCAGUGGAGUUGCGCCACCAGCAUCCUCUCCAGCAGCAGAUGUCGAAACAAAUCAGAGGGCAACAACGGGCAUAAAUGAUGCAGAAACCGGGGACGGAGAAGCAGGAGAUGGAGCUGGAGCAGGAGCCGGAGCGGAAACAGCUCAAGACAAUCUCGGAAAGAAGCUGGAGGAGGGGCGGAAGCCUGCCAUGUCCGAGACGCUGGAAAAUCUAAAUUCCGUUGCGGCGAAUAUUACAAGUAUGUCGGAUAAGAGAAGCACUAUUGCUACAGCAUCGGGGGCUGUAAUCCACGCCCACUUUGACGUCCGGGGUCUGGACGUCUCCCAGCCAAAGGGAGGGCAAUUAGAAAAUAAUUUGCCGGAGAAAGCUUUGGCAGCUCCGGCAGCAGCACCAGAACCACCAGCACCAGGUGAAAAGCAAAGCUGCUCACUACAAGCUCACAGCAUUAUGAAUGACCAGCAGGAGGAGGAGCAGCGGGAAAAAAACAAGUCGGGCGAGGCCGCGACAACAUCAACAACAUCAGCAUCUGCCAUGUCAAAACAAACCUCUGAAGCUGGAGGUGGAGUGGUGGGAGUAGGGGUAGCUGGGGUAGUAGCAGCCAGGCCAAUGAUGGAUGACAGGCCAGCAGUUGAUUUUAUAGAAGGCGACAGCCCAACGUCAGCAACAAAUUGCCAACUCAAUGCGGGCACAAACCACAAGGCGCCAACAAGGAACCAACAUCCAGAGGAGCAGCACCAACAGGAGGAGCUAAUGAAAACUUCACAACAUACAUCAAACCAAGUGACAACAGCAGCGGCGGAAUAAGCCGAGCAUUAGUGGCACGGCACUGCCCCAUCCCGACUCCACACACACACACCUCAACCGAGAUUCCCAUCCCGAGCAGAAAUAACCACAUAACAAGAUGUUAUACACAAACUCAGCUAGUAAUUUUUUGUUUUUAGAUAAUUUCUCUGGUGUACUUAUGGCCACUGCGCUUAGUGGGUGUCCUGUGGGCUGCUCCGGCGGAUCUGUUCUUCAGCCUUGGCAGCCACGCGUAGGUGACCUGCUGCAGUUUGGGGCUAUUGAUAGCAAAAAAAAUAUUAAUAGCGUUUCUCUCGCCCCUUUUAAUUAGCCAAAUACGUGAGAAGCCGCAACACAUACUAACCACAGCUAGUCGCUUUUUACAAUGUACGAGUACUCCCUUUGAAUAUUUUGUUGUUUGUUUUCUGGUUUUUGGGCUGUGCCACAGCCCCCGAAGCCUCCAUCUAUUGAGAAAAAUGCGUUGGAAAUUUUUAAUUAACUUUCGAGCGGCCACGAAGCCCUUAGCCGGUUAGCCGGACGGUUAAACAGCCUGGAGCGGUGCUUUACCGGAUGCCGCCACCGCCCCCACUAUUUACAUUUUUAAACUUUAUGAAUCGCCAUAGGAUUGUCAAUUGUAAUAUAUUUGUUCGGACGGCUCGGACCCUGACAGGCCACACCGCAAACACUGGACUGUGAAUAUGAAUGAUUUAAAUAUCCGAACGGCAAUGGCUAGCAUUAAUUGUUUUUGAAAACUUUUGUUACUUUAAGGCCCCCCUGUUCCCACACCCGUGUACCAUAUUCUAUUGAGUGACUUUGUACUUCUAGGUCUAUUUCAAUAAGCAAUGAAUCCGAGAACGGUUUGUAUUUUACGAAAUUACACACUAAUCUAAACCAUAGUGGCUACAAACUAUUUACGAUUGCUACAAAAUGUUAUUUCUAAAUGUGUAAAAAAUAAAUGCAACUUAAACAUA